GGGCCUGUGGUCCUGUGGCGCGGCACAGCGCGGCACCGGGGCGGCAGGUGAUUGUAACCAGCGCUGAUGUGCCUAGAAGCAUGUGUGUGCAUGUUCAGUGUCUUCCCAGGCAUCUCCUCUGUCCUUUUCAAUAGAAGAGAUGUUUGAAAGCUGGGAAUGGAGUGCAUAGUUUGGAUACCAGCAGCAGGACAUCUUACCAGAACAAAGCAUCCAUGGGACCAUUGUUAAUCAAUGACUUCUAAGUGCAGGAUUGGUGCUGUUGGAUUGGAAACAGGUGCUACAAGAUGCCAGGUGAGGUGACUGAGAGCAGCAGCGGGAUGGAGGAGACUGUGCACAAAGACAGCAAAUCUGGAGGCCAGAGCCCUCGCUGUGGCACAAUGAGAAGGGCUGUGGCAACCACUGUCACCUUUGAUGGGGAAGCCACUAUGGACCGGAGGAAAAAGAAGAAGAAGGAGUCCCGCCCCGAGUCAAUAAUAGUGUAUCGGUCUGAGAAUGACAAUAAGGUGGAAGAGGAACAGGCAGAUGAAGAAGGAGGGGAGAGGAGUGCUGAGGAAGGCUCCAAGUUCCUGGGUCAGUCUAUGACAGAUGGUGUCUGGAACAUGCCUUUAGACAGCCGAUAUGUCACCUUGACUGGAACAAUCACCAGGGGAAAGAAGAAAGGUCAGAUGGUGGACAUCCACGUCACACUGACGGAUAAAGAGCUGCAGGAACUGGCUAAGUCAAAGGAACCUCCUAAAGAAGAUGUACCUGAGAAGAAGAAGAAAUGUGAUGUUGGAUUAGACAGAGGACCCCAUAUAGUCCUCUGGACCAUCAUCUGCCUCCCCAUCAUUUUUGUAGUGUCCUUUGUGGUUUCAUUCUACUAUGGAACCAUUACAUGGUACAACAUCUUCUUGGUGUACAAUGAAGAGAGGACCUUCUGGCACAAAAUCACCUUUUGUCCCUUUUUGAUUAUCUUCUACCCAAUUAUAAUUAUGGUUGUUUCUUUCUCCCUAGGCCUGUAUUCAGCUGUAGCCCAGGUAGCAUGGUCCUUUGGGUACUGGUGGCGCGCUGUCAGGGAUAUGGAGAAAGGAUUCUGUGGCUGGCUCUGCAGCAAGCUGGGCUUGGAAGAUUGUUCUCCAUACAGCAUUGUCGAGCUGCUUGAUUCUGACAAUAUCUCAGGUAGUCUCUCUGGCAAGAGCUCUGCACAGGGGGUUGAGACCUCAGCAGUCUGAGCCUUUGUCCUGAGUGACUAUUUUGGUCAUAUGCGAGUGUUCUCACCUAGAAAAUAGUACACUGAUUUUUUUAUAUAUUCAUAUAUAUUUAAACACAAACUUAACGAAUAAAAUAUUGGGCUGAGAGUCCUCUUUAAAUGUCACAGAGGGCAAGAAUGCUAGCUUCACAUGCUCUGGGUGGGGAGGUGCAUGGCUUUCCAAGGAUUUGUCAUGUGUUGUAGCUAAUUACAGUUCUGGGAAUCGUAAGAAAAUCCAGGUCUGCAAAGGUCUGGCUGUUUGUGGAGUAGCAGAGAUGUAUUAUGAAAAGUCCACUUCUGUAAAAGUAGACUUUAGUUUUCAGCAAUAGGACAUAGUAGUGACCUAUGACACAGUGAAAAGUCUCUGCUCGGGGAAUGAACUUCGGGAGAUAAGAACCCAUUCAGAGGUGAAGGCUAAAUUACACAACGGGUGAUGCUCUGCAGUUUUCUUAGAAAGGGUCCUUUCCCAGUCCUUCCAACAAGAGCAGCUAACUUAUGCAGGCUGACUGCUUAGACACUGUCAGAGUUCAGUGUCACAGAUCACGGAAUAGUGGGAGAGGACAGAAUAGCUGCCAACAAAGGCAAGUGAGUUCUGCACUGACCUGAAACAGCCCCAUCACACGAUGGAAGAGCAGGGCUUGCUUGUAAUGCGGUGUGGGGGGGCCUGAUGGAGCUGUCACUAAGAACCCUCAAGUGGCUGCAGGUGCUCAAAUAGGUGCUUGGAACACACCUGCAAUGGAUCUCUAGAUAUGGUGCACUGCUAGGGAGGAGCGGUCUACAAGAGUCAUACACAGUGUGCAGUGUGUAUAUAUAUAGGGAUAUGUAUAGGGAAGAAUAUAGGGAAGGAAACAUCUGCUCUAAGGUGAUGCCUGCCCCUAAGGAAGGGGGAAUCCAUUUACAUCUCACUGCAAUGCAGGUGUGGACUUGCAGCACCUGGAUUUAGGGAGCUGGAGUUGAAGGUGUUUGGGAUGUGAAGAGCUCUGAAACAAGUUACUCUGGUUUUCAAGUUGCCCUUAUAGAAGAGUUGUUGGACUCCUCUUUCAGAAUGGGGGAGUCCAGGAGUUCAUAUCUGUUUGUGCCUCAGCUCUGGAAAUGUGUGUUGCCUUCCCCACCUCAUCCCUCUUCCUGAUUAAUUAUAUGGAAGAGCAAUGGAUCAUACAUCCUCCUCCCCUCGUGUCUCAUUUUCAUAAUGAUUCCUAGAUUUUUCAUGGCAUCGUAGUGGGCUCCCUAACCAGGCUGAGUUGGCCACAAUAGGCUGGAGAAAUUUUAAUUGUCUCUUUAAGAAAUGACUAGCAGAAAAGUUCUUUUUUCUCGAUUGACUGUUGGGGUUUUUGCCUAAGAAGGAGAUGAGCAAAAUAAAAGAGAGGUAUAGCAGAUUCUAAUGGGGGCUGAGUAACACAUCUGAAACAUGGUUAAUUUUCUCAGUGCUCCAGUUCAGCUGGUGCUGCUGGAAAGUCUACGAGCCCAAGCCAGAGGAGCCCACCAUUUGCAUGCAUGUAGGUAGGUAAGUCGUGGCGUGCAGUCUGUCAGCUGCAGUCACUCCUGUCUCUGCAAGUGUCUCACUUCCCCAGUCUCCCUAUUUAGGAUGGUAAAAAGAAGAAUUCAGAAGCUGGAUUUCACAGAAACUAAUGCUUUGUGUUGCAUUUUAAGGUUGAGCUCAAGACUACACUGACUGUCCUGGUUAGAACAUCUGGGAACUGGUGAUGUAUAAACAAGUCCAUCUGAUCCUCUAGUCCUGACACUGAGAAAUAAGUAGUUCCUGCUGCAUCCUUGGUCCCUGGGAGGUGAAAGAAGCCUCUUAGCAUUGGCUGAAGGCUUAACAGUGAAUAAUGUCCAAUCCAAAUAUCAAGAGCAGUCUUGGCCACACACUUAACUGAGAAAGCAGUGGUUCUCCUUGGGCACAGCUAGAGCCAGGCUGUGUUUGUUGUUUCCUACUAUCAUUUUUUACUGUUGAAAUCUUUCAAAGCAAUUACCAGCUUCCAGGGAAAAAAAAAUAGACCCCAAUCUGUGAGACAAUGCCAGGUAGUUCAGUGGGAUUCAAAGAGGCUGAUAUAUGCCUGGGACUGGUUCAAGCAGUGGAAUUCCUUUCACAGGCCUUUCCAAUUCCUUUCCAAUCAGGCAGGCUGAUAUGCCUCUGAAUUAAUGGAGAUGCUGAGGAUAAGCCAUGCCAGUGCUGGCAGUCUGUAAUGACCCAGCGCAGCCACUCUGCUUAAUACUGCUCCACAUGGAAAUUGCAGGCUCCCACAUGGCUGGAGGGUUGGAAUAAGUGAUGCUUAACAAGCAUUAAGGAAAAGGAAGGUCCACUGGCAAGUGUUCUCACGCUUUCCCUAAAGGGAUACUGCUGGCAUGAAAGGGUUGAAUUGUGUAUCUUGGCCCCAACAUGCAGCAGACAAGUUUGGGGAAAGGAUGGCUGGCAAGUGUGCAUUGCUGCAGAGGGAGAAAACCCAAUUCAGCUGUCACUGCCAAACAGCAGCUGUUCAAGGCUAGACGAAAGGCUGGGGUCAGUAGCACAAAGAGCCUUCAGCUUACAGAGGGCUUGAAUGAUAAAUACCAGCUCAUUACAGAAUACAUCCAUGUGAAAUGUCUGCUGAGCUGCAGGAUUUGCUUUCAGGAUUGCUAACAGCCUGCUGGAGUGGGGACAAAACCAAAUCUGUGCCUCUUACUGCUAAGUAGACACAAAGGAGCAUCAGAGGAGUCAUAGUACCCUCCUUCUGCAGUGGCAGCUGUGAUUCUGGGUUUGGAGGUCACAUUUUGGGGGACAUCCUGGGAAAAUCCAUCAUGUGUUUUCUACUUCUUUACACUUACCUAAGCUUGCAUUGGCUCCUGCUAAAUUCAAGGCAUUCUGUCUUUGAGUUGGCAGGGGCUAUUUUAAGCUUGGGUUUAGUUCUGGUGCUUGGGGUUAGUUCUGGUGCUAUUUGUAAAAGUUUAAUUCAGACUUCUCUCUAAACAACUGGAUAGCUUUCUCCCUUGCCCAUUAUCCUCUGUAGCAGUUUGCCUGUUGCAAAAUAUAUAAUAAUUAUAAAUUGUUGUAAUAGAAAAAAGCACAAGUUUUUGUCUUGUUCUACCCCACUUUCAGAAACUCACAAGUAAUUUCUGCUUAUGUGCCACUGUCAGACUGCAGGGAAAUCCAGUUAUUCUGAUUGCUGAGUGUGUUUCUGGCUGCUGUAGUCUGGAUCUUUUUUUUUUCAGUAAAGAUACUGUUAGCUGAUUAUUAAUUUUAAUUGCAUUCCCAUUUCCCAUCCUUGCUGGCCUGGGUGGAGAAUAAAGAUAU